AUCCGUGCCCAAACGAAACUUCCGCUGCUAUGAAAUGUUUGGAUUCUAAUAAUUACGACAAAAGUAAAUGCCAAGAAUUAUUUUUACAAUAUCGUGAGUGUAAAAAAAAAUGGUUGGAAGAGCGUAGAGAACUACGGAGACGAGGACUGUUAUAA